AUGUCUACUGUACCGCAUUUUUCAUCAUGCACGUUAAAUACCACCUAUUGCGUUCGUCCACCAUCAUCAUUACCCUCAUUUUCACCACCUUAUAUUUCACCCGUUACACCAAUACCGACAGUAUUUUCACGAUAUAAUACAUCGAAAAAGAUUGGUACAACAAUACGAUUUUCAAAACAUCAUUUUGAAUUUAGGAAUAUUCAAGAUAAUAGUGAUUAUAAUGAUAUUAAUGUACAAAUAUUCAAUCGUUUUAAAAAUAAUUUAAAAUAUUUAUGUGUAUCAUUCACAUCAGCAGCGCCGCCAGCAGUAUCAAUACAUUCAAUGUUUAAGGUAAGACCUAAUUAUAAACGUUUAUUUUUAGAUGAUAUACUACCAAAUGCAACAAGAACUGAUUAUGGAGAAAUAUUAGACGAUGAUGAUUUUAAUGAAGAAAUUAAAUUUAAUAACGAUUAUUUUACAGAAUCAACAACUAUGAAUAUUUUACAAUCCACAAUGCCGUAUGAAUAUUUAAUACAUUUUUCUUCCAUGAAAAACACAUUAAAUCAACUCAUCGGUCAUGAACAAAAAUUUCAACAACUACUUAGUUAUAAACCACCAUUUCCAAUAACAUCAUUUUCAUUACCACCUGCUCAUCGCGACAACAUUAAUCAUUGGUUAGAAAACGAUUUUCAACAGCGUAUUCAUGAUCAAAUACGAACAAGAACAAGAAGCAAAUGUCAAUUAGUUAAAUUAUUACGAUGGUUUAACUCUAAAAUGAUGUCAACAGAUGAAACGAUUGUAGAUUUAAAUUACGAUAUUAAAUUAUUGAAUGAACGGUGUGUAGAUUUACGUCAAACUUGCGAUCUACAAGUUGGUCUUAUGAAGAUGAAUCAACAGUUACUCGACCAAUUAUCUAUUUCAUCUCAACAGCAACUCGUCUCUACUAAUUUAAUAGACAAAUUAUCGGUCACAAUUGAAAAGCUACACUCUUCCUUUGCAGUUCAACCUGUACAACAAAGUUUUCAGAAACCGUCCGUUACUGCUAAGUUAACGCAAUCAAGUUCCGUAUCACAAUCAUCUCUCAUCUCAUCUAACCAUGAACAUUCAAAAUCAAAUCCAUCUGUCCCUAUUUCGAUUACUGGUUCGAGUAUCGUUCGUGAUUUGGAACCAGGUAAACUAUUUGUGGGCGAUAAACAUUUUGAUAUAAAAAUUCGUAUAAAACAUGGCGCUUCAAUUAAAAAAUUAACACAUAUGGUUAAUAAUAAUUGGGUUGAUCAACAUUUUAAUGUUUCAUCACACGCUAUAAUUUCCAUCAGUUCAAUUGACAUGAAACACAUUAAUUCUGAUAAAGCCAUAGAGCUUAUUAAUCAACUUAUUCAAACACUGAAACGUAAACAUCAACAUAUAAAAUAUACAGUUGUUACAAUACCACCUCAGUUUGAUCCUAACUUAAAAGCAUCUUUACAAGACCAAUUAAACAAUGAGAUUGAUGAUUUUAACCAGUGGCUAUUAUCUUUAUCUGAUAUUGACAUUAUUAAUUGUAAGUUUACUCGAAAUAUGUUAGCUCAUGAUGGUAUCCAUCUGAACGAUCUUGGAACACGUAAGCUAACUGAAGCUAUUGACGUUUAUUUGAAGAAUUGUAUUUAA